UGCGUCCUAGGUAUCUUCUUUCUCCAUUUUAUAACUGUUUAUGUUUACAUUCUACUAGUGUGUUACAUGUUACAAUAAUUAAAAAUACAUUUUGUAGAUCAUGAUCACAUUACUGUUAAUUGUUCAAUGUUUCGGAUACUAGCAGCUAUCUCAUAUUAAUAGCGUUUACAAAAGUACAAUCAAUAUAAUAAGACAGACGUCGUACUUGUGGAAUAAUUACGCUUGAGAAAUAUAUUCUCCCUUGUGUUUAAUAUGGGACUUUGAUUAAGUACUGUUCUGUUCUUAUAAUCAAUGAUCUCUGAUAAUUGGAAAGCUAAGCAUGAUUAAUAAUUGUGUAAACAAAUCUAUUGCAUUUUAUACACCGAUUGGCAUAUUGUCUUAAAGAGCAGCACUUUGUUUUAUUGAACCGAUCAACUAUUAAAAGUGCUUUAUAGUUUUUCACUAAAAGGAUAUUGAGAAAUUCAUCAGAAAAAAGGAUGGCAGAGAGUUCUGAUAAAACCAAAACCGGUAAAACUGUAGUUAUCGGCAUUGAUGGGAGCGAAAAUUCACUGUUUGCAAUUGAAUGGUACGCAAGCCAUGUACACAGACAUGAUGAUCACGUGAUAUUGGUUUAUUGUGUAGAGAUGAGCGAAGUUCUUACAUCGUCGGACUGGUAUCAUUCUCCUAACCCUGGUGACGUAGAUGCGUUCAAAACAAUCCUAGAUCAUGAGGUUAAAAAGGUCCAAAGUCGGUUGGAAGAAUUUGGAGAAUUGCUGAAGAGGUUAAAGCUUAAUGGAGUUGUGAAGAGUGCACAAGCCCCAAAACCUGGAGAAGGAAUCAUCCGUGUUGCUAAAGAAGAAGAUGCUUCUCUGAUCGUUACUGGAACAAGAGGUCUUGGUAAAAUACGAAGAACAUUAUUAGGGAGUGUCAGUGAUUAUCUAGUUCACCAUUCUACUGUCCCUGUACUCGUUUGCAGAUUCAAAGAAAAGAAAUAGAAACCAAAUACAAUUAACCUUUACUUUAUUUGAUAAAGAAUAAAACAUUUUCAAUCUUCCUAUCAUGUAUUAAGAGUUUGGAAGUUUUAUAGAUUUCAUGUAAAGCAAGUAAAGCAUAUACAUUUCA